GUUCAAUCUUUUGGGUGAAAAACGUCACAUCUAUAACAUCAACAAGUUAGGGCAUAUAUAGUUUUUUUUAUGGCAACUAAUAAUAAUAUUUAAAUUGCUCAUUAGCUGACAAUGUAAUAAUACUAAAGACGAGUUUUGGAGGUAACAUAUUGUACACUCUAUUCUUAACGUUUUUGGGUAGCUUUAUUUUAAGCUAUUUAUAGUACCCAAUAAGAGCAUGUGUCACAAGUGCUCAAAGGUUGCUAUGAGUUGAUUUAUAUUGCAUUUUUAAAUUACAAGAAAAUAAUUACAUUUCAUUUCAUAUAAUGACAUACUAUUUCUCUAAUUUGAAUUGACUUAUCACCCAGUCUGACCAUCCUUAGUGACGUAGCUAAGGAUGGAGCUGACUGGGGUGGGUCAAGAUUUUUGCCCCCCCCCCCAACCCCCACACGACAAAAAACAACAACCACAAAACAACAACAAACAAAGUCAGCAGCUGGCCGAAAAUGCCCCCCGUCCAUGUACUAAAUAAACAAAGUGCCGCUGCGGGUUCAUCGCCCCUUCACACAGAACUGAUCAGUGCCUAAAAUUAACAACGAAAUUUAGACGUUACAUGAAAUACUUUUUAUUAACUACAUAACGAGUGUCAUAGCUAAUAUCAUAGCAAACCAAGGAUGGUGAUAUCAAUCAUUUAAUUUCAUGUGUUAUUAUUAUUCUAAAUAAAAACAGUUUUACAGGAGCACAGUAGAAAGAAAAAAAAGUCAUUUAUUAAGUGGGUAGGCCUACCGUGUGCUGAAGGAAGCAUUGAGCAAAUAGGUCAUUAACAUAAUGAGUUAGAAAAAUAAUAACAUCAAAAUGUACGCAGCCCCUUUCUUUAGUGGAAACAUCGAAUGCUGCAUCAGAGACCCAGUGCCACCGUAGACCCGUUUCAAAUGUACGAAAGUGGGCUGAAGCAAAACGAUGGAAGCCUCAGCAGUCGAGCAGUCGUGGUAAGUAAGUCGUUCGACUUUGUUUCAUUUCUAAGCCAAUGCCGUACUGGAUUUUUGAGCAUUUGUUAAGAUUUAACCGCAUAUCCUAAGGAUUCUUUACAUCUCUUAGGUUUAAAUAAUGGGCACGCCUUUACAUUCUUGUUAAUUCUCCUUAAAACACACGAGGAUGGCAAAAUCAACCCCACCCACUCCCCACUGCUGUAAAUUAGCAACAUUACGUUAAAUAUUUAAAUACAAGAAUUUUAAUUGCGCUUGGAAAGUUUUAAGUCCAUUUUACACAGUUAAUUCCCUUUGUAAGAUAAAAUUAAGAGCAUUAAAAAAAAAGUUAAAUCACAACCACAGUUAAAAUUUUGCAAUUCUUUAUCUGGCAAAUUAUAUUUUUAAAAAAUCACUUAAUUUUUAAAUGAAACAGGAAAUAAUAACGAAUCAAACGAAAAAAACAACAUAAAUAAGUUUAAGUAAACAGUGAAGGUAGAGUAAAAAAACAAAACAAACGAUACCAACUGUUAUUACAGUUUAAAACCGACAACAAUUUAAAACCAUUUAAAAAAAAAAAAAACUCAUUCAAAUAAUAAAAGUAUAUUUUUUUUAUCAAUAUUAAAAAUAUUUACAACGGGAUUGUGGUGCUUCUAUUUAUAGCCCUUACUAUCUCCCCAAAAAAAAAAAAAAAAAUAAAUUUAAGUAAAAAGUGAAGGUAGAGUAAAAAAAAAAAACAAACGAAACCAACUGUUAUUAAAGUUUAAAACCGAAAACAAUUUAAAAACAUUUAAAAAAAAAAAAAACUCAUUCAAAUAAUAAAAGUAUAUUUUUUUUAUCAAUAUUAAAAAUAUUUACAACGGGAUUGUGGUGCUUCUAUUUAUAGCCCUUACUAUCUCCCCCCCCCCCCUCCAACCCAUUUGCCAUCGAACAAUUUUUACACAAUCAUAUCGGCUUUAAAUUAUGACAGAUUUUCUAUCAACACAUACUCCAUUAACAACCAUCUAGUUUGGUAUGUAUUUCUAUGUCUAAGGGUCUACCGAGCCGCCCCCCGACUGGUCGGGAGAAGACCAUGUCACAAGAAACGUCCGCGAGGCCGUUCCAUCGUAUAGAGAGGCCUCUCUCCAGCCCACCACCGAGACUUAAGCUGAGGUUAGCUCUUGGUAUGGGAUGUUUUACUGGGAGUUGUCUUGCCGUGAACCCAGCCUCCGGUACCUUAGCUUAUCCAGCUUCUGGCGUCACCGUGCUUCUUGAUAUAGUCAACAGCAAGUACGUACUUAAUAUGAACGCGGAUAAAACCAAUUUCUGUUCGAAACAUUGAGCCACAUAAACAUUGAGCCACAUAAACACUGAGCCACAUAAACACUGAGCCACAUAAACACUGAGCCACAUAAACACUGAGCCACAUAAACACUGAGCCACAUAAACACUGAGCCACAUAAACACUGAGCCACAUAAACACUGAGCCACAUAAACACUGAGCCACAUUGACAUUAUUGAGAUUUUCGAAAGCAUACGUUUUUAUUUCUAUUUUUUUAUUUUAUCUGUUGUUUCUUGUUUUUUAUUUGCGGAAGAAGGCAUCUCGCCGAAACUUCCGUUUAAUUCUCCUUUCACUUCUCUUCACCUUCAAGUCUAAACAUAUCUCGUUCCACUAUAUAUUUACAUCACAUCAUUUCCAAGGGUAUUUAAUUAAAGCCACGACUUUUGGGAUUGCUUUAAAGCAGAGCUGGAGUUGCAAAACGGUUCGGCUUUUUAUAGUAAAUUAACAACAUAAUAUUUAAAUUAAACAGUUAUAAGGCCCUUUUCGAGGAUGUGAAACAAGACAGAAUAGAUGGGAAUUAAAAAGACAACCUCGUGGGAGAUGCUGAUCUUCUAUCGAGCGCCUCCCCAGCCGGCGGAUAGGGGAAAGCCCGCCAGAUAUGGAGGGUACCGGGGAAAUAAAAUACCCGGGGCGGACCAAAAUCAGCCCUACUGCCUUGUAGGAAGUGGAGGGAUCCACAAAGGCUAGGGACCUAACCCGAACAAAGGCAGCUACCCAUUGAGCUGUGAGGGGCAACCCCCCAAGUGGUUGUGCGCAAGGCCAACAACCCUGCCAUGUAAAAAAUCAUAGUUACAAAAGCACCGAAAAGAGUAACAAAAGACAUUUCAGUCCUGGGAGAGGAUGGAUUCCUUGAGGAGGAAAAUAUGACGCCUAAUAGUGAAAGCCGAAACCUGGAAGCUAUUAAGCCGACAACCAUCAUCUCUACCAGGACUACCACCGUCAUUGGCGCUUGGAAUGUCCGCACCAUGUACGAGGCUGGUAAAGCGGCACAAAUAGCCGCUGAGAUGAGGAGCUAUAAGCUCACCAUUCUCGGAAUUAGUGAAGCAAGAUGGACUGGAUGGGGACAGAAGAGAUUAAUCUCAGGAGAGAUGGUGAUAUUUUCGGGACACGAAGAAGACAAUGCCCCACAUACCCUGGGUGUUGCUAUGAUGCUAUCAAGGGCAGCACAAGGAGCACUCAUUGGAUGGGAGGCCCAUGGACCUAGAAUUCUUUUAGCAACCUUUCGAACAAAGAAACGUAGCAUCAACCUAGAUGUUAUACAAUGCUACGCACCAACUAAUGAAAGUGAUGAAGGAGACAAAGAAGAAUUCUACAAUAGAGUAAUGACCAUAGUCCAGGAUCGCCCACGGAGGAACAUCGUCAUCCUCAUGGGAGACUUUAAUGCCAAGAUCGGCAAUAGCAACACAGGGUACGAAGAGGUUAUGGGACAGCAAGGGAUAGGCGAGAUGAACGACAAUGGUGAGAGGUUUGCGGACCUAUGUGCCACAGCUGACCUGGUCAUAGGGGGGAGCAUUUUCCAGCACAAGAGGAUUCACAAAGCUACAUGGGUCUCUCCGGACAUGAGAACGAUGAACCAAAUAGACCAUGUAUGUAUUUGUAAAAAAUUCAGGCGAUCUCUCCAAGACGUACGUGUUAAGAGGGGAGCUGAUAUUGCCUCAGAUCAUCAUCUUCUUGUGGCCAGGAUGAAAUUAAAACUAAAGAGACAUUAUACCGAGCAAACAGCAUACAGGACUCGGUAUAAUACCUCCCUCCUGAAGGACCAAGCCAAAAAGGAAGAAUUCAGAAUCGCACUAUUCAAUAAGUUCCAAGUCCUACAAGAAAUACUUGAAGAUGAAACCACCGAAGGAAAGUGGCAAAGCAUGAAAGAAACAGUCCAGUCAACAUGUCAAGAAGUGCUAGGAAACAGGAAAAAGGCACACAAAGAAUGGAUGACAGCAGGUACGCUGAAUAAAAUAGAAGAAAGGAAAAGAAAGAAAUCAGAAGUGAAUAACAGCCGCACCCGAGCACAGAAAAACAAGUCCCAGAAGGAGUAUGCAGAUGCAAAUAAGGAAGUUAAGAAAAGCAUCAAGAGGGACAAGAAGGAAUUUGUUGAUAAACUUGCUAAAGAAGCAGAGGAUGCAGCUCACCAGGGGAACAUGAGGGAACUGUUUGAUACCAUUAAGACGCUGUCAGGGAAAUUUAGCAAGGUAGAGAGACCAGUGAAGGACAAAAUGGGAAACACCAUACCAAGUGAGGAGCAACAGAGAGGGAGAUGGAAGGAACACUUUGAAGAGCUCCUGAACAGGCCUGAACCAAGAAAUCCACCAGAUAUCCAACCAGCCGAUAAUGACCUGCUAAUUGACUGUAAUAGUCCCACCAAAGAAGAGAUUAGCAGGGCCAUUAAACAACUCAGAAAUGGAAAGGCUGCGGGACCUGAUGGCAUCCCAGCAGAGGCACUGAAGGCGGACCUGGAAACCAGUGUGGAAAUGCUACACCCUCUGUUUAUGAAGAUAUGGGAAGAGGAGCAAGUUCCUUCCGAUUGGAAAGAGGGAUACCUUAUCAAGAUCCCAAAGAAGGGAGACUUAAGCUCCUGCUCGAACUACAGAGGGAUCACCCUGCUGUCCAUCCCAGGAAAGGUUUUCAACCGUGUACUACUUAACAGGAUGAAAAACGCUGUAGACCCUCUGUUGCGGGACGAACAAGCCGGCUUUCGCACCAACAGAUCCUGCACGGACCAGAUAGCGACACUGCGCAUCAUUCUAGAGCAGUCACUAGAGUGGAACUCGCCGCUCUAUGUCAACUUUGUUGACUAUGAAAAAGCCUUCGACAGUGUUGACAGGCAAACCCUGUGGAGAUUGCUAAGGCAUUACGGGGUGCCACAGAAGAUUACUGAUAUAAUCAGAAACAUGUACGAAGGGAUAAACUGCCGAGUUAUCCAUGGCCAGCAGUUGACAGAUGCUUUCCAGGUGAAGACUGGUGUGAGACAAGGUUGCUUGCUGUCACCAUUCCUCUUCCUGUUAGCCAUUGACUGGGUGAUGAAAACAUCUACACAGCAGAAAAGAAAUGGCAUCCAAUGGACCUUGUGGGAUCAACUGGAUGAUCUUGACUUUGCUGAUGAUCUUGCACUUCUUGCACAUACUCAACAACAGAUGCAGGAGAAAACAAACAUUGUCGCAGCCACUUCUGCUAGCAUGGGUCUCAACAUUCACAAAGGGAAGAGUAAAAUCCUCAAGGUUAAUGCCACCAGUACAUCACCCAUUAUGCUUGAAGGAGAAGCCAUGGAGGAUGUGGACAGUUUUGUUUACCUUGGCAGCAUGGUAGAUAAACAAGGUGGUACAGAUGCGGACGUCAAAAUAAGGAUAGGAAAAGCAAGAGCAGCCUUCCAACAAAUCAAGAAUGUUUGGGUCUCUAACAACUUAGGCAGCAAGUUAAAAGUAAGGAUUUUUAACGCUAUGGUAAAACCUGUGCUGCUAUAUGGAGCCGAGACAUGGAGAACAACGGCCGUAAACCUGACCAGAAUCCAGUCCUUCAUCAACAACUGUCUAAGAAGGAUUCUCAGAAUUCACUGGCCAGACAAAAUCAGCAACCAGGAACUGUGGCAGCGGACAAAACAGAAACCCAUUGAGGAAGAGAUUCUCCAGAAGCGGUGGAGGUGGAUUGGUCAUACACUAAGAAAACCUGCUUCUAACAUAACAAAGCAAGCCCUGAAAUGGAACCCACAGGGUAAGCGGAAAAGAGGCCGUCCAAGAAACACUUGGCGCCGAGAAUUGGAGACAGACAUCAAGAAAAUUGGCCAUGAAUGGAAGAUCCUGGAGAAGCUGGCCCAGGAUAGAGAUGCCUGGAGGUCUCUCGUAGGUGGCCUAUGCCCUUGGAGGAACCGCAGACGCCGACGAUGAUCGGUGGAUGGCCCUCAUGGACGAGAAGGCUCAACAACAAAAAGACAACACCACAUGACCAUUGAAACCAUGAGUUACUUUCCCUUGUUUAUUCUUUAUACACCAGAGUUUCCCAAACCUUUUCUAUCGUAUACAUCCUCUACGAUUUUGUUUUUACUAGUCUGGGACCUCCUUAAACAAUUAGCAAUGCAUUAUAAAAGUGAAGACAGAUAUGGACUUAUCAUUUGCUCAUUGAAUUGCAAAGAUAACUGUAGAACUCAAAAAAUAAAUGUGUGACUCAUUACAUAAAUUAAAAUGUUAAUGAAGGACAGGUUUAACAAAUAUAGAAACAUUUAUAUCAUAACUUAAAAGUAAAGGGCUCUGUUGUUCUUAAAUCAUUUUUUUUCGUACUCCUGAACGGCCACCACGGCACCCGGGGUGGGGGGGGGGUUGUGGAGGGUGUAGCGGCGAAACCCCCAGGUUGGGAAACCCUAUAAAACACGUUUGUUUUGUGUGUGUGUGUGGGGGGGGGGUUGUUUCAUGACUGCCUGUUUGUCGGUCUGUCUAUUGGUCUGUCUGUUGGUCUGUCUGUUGGUCUGCCUGUUGGUCUGUCUGUAUCAAAUCCUACCACUUGUUGGAUCACAAUUUAAAACGUGUCUCUGCAUCUGUUGAGCACGUGGCCUGAUGUCUGGUAUAACUUUAUUGCUAUAAAACUAUUAGUCUAUACAUUAAAUGUUCAUAAACAUUCAGAAGUGUUAUCACCGACAGGCCGUACACAUUUCUUCUUCAUUAGAGUAUUACAAUCUGGUUUUGUCACAUCUCCGUCAUGAAAUACACAUCCCCUUUCGGUGGCUUAUUCUAGCAUCUUAAAAUAAUGUAUAGUUUACCAACACCAUUGACGAUUCAAUCAACUCUUGCAAGCAUCUGCCAGUCUCUUCUGGAUGGGUCUUAAAACUUACCACACUGACAGCUUCUGUCACACUCCAAAAUGGGUAAAUGUCAUUAUGGGUACGACUCUGACUGUAGAUACAAGAGCGCUGGUCGGUCUGGAGUUAUGAGUAUUCAAUGGGGGUGGCCAAUUUGCUUAUUUCUUGCUAUUUUAAGAUUUAAAAUUGAAAUCUAUUUUCAGAGGGCAAGUGGGGCGUAUAGGGUGCUGUAUGAAAGCGUAGGCGUGGGCGUGGCUUAGAGCAGCGUUUCCUAAAUUUUCAAAUUUGUAGGACCGGUGGACACGUUUCGAAACUGCACCAGGGACCAGAUUUAUUCUCUUUAAAUGUGACCAUAAAUAUUCCUGUUAGGCGGAUUUGCAACGUAGGGCUUGCGGAACAGCAUUUGGGAAACGCUGGCUUAAAUCAGAUGAAGCCAUUAAAAUUAGAAACCAGACUUUUGAAAAAGUAAAUCAAUUCAAAUACAUAGGAUCUUUAUUAAAUGAAAGAAACGAAUUAAAAAAAAAGAAAGAAAAGAAAGAAAUCAGCCGGUAACAGGGCAUACUUUAGUAGUCAGAAAAUAUUCAAAAGUAAAAACAUUACAAGAGAAAAAAAGUUUUUUUUUUAUAAAACUGUAAUCUGACCAGUUGUAACACAUGCAAGUGAAACUUGGACCCUAACAAAAACGGCAGAAAACCUAUUAAACAAAUGGGAGAGAAAAGUUCUCAGGAAAAUAUAUGGACCAAAAAAAGAUGAAUAUGGAUGGAGAAUACGAAGCAAUCAUGAAGUACAGUCUAUAUCAGGAUCCCACGGUAGUAGCAGAAAUAAAAAAAAUGGCUACGCUGGGCGGGACACUUAGAGAGAAUGCCAAAUGACAGAGGAGUUAAGAAGGUGCAUCACCAAAACCCCAGAGGAAAACGUAUCAAAGGCUGAACUAGGCUUAGAUGGAUGGAUGAAAUGGAAAAAGAAAGAUCUACAACAACUGGGAAUCCAGGCAUGGCAAAGAAAAGCAUUAAUUAAGUCUGAGUGGAAGGAAGUAGUGACGCAGUGCAAAGCUCUACAUGGGCUGUAGUGCCACAGGGAUGGAUGGAUGGAUGGUCUGAGUGGAAGGAAGUAGUAGCGCAGUCCAAAGCUCUACAUGGGCUGUAGUGCCACAGGGAUGGAUGGAUAGAUGGUCUGAGUGGAAGGAAGUAGUGAAGCAGUCCAAGCUCUACAUGGGCUGUAGUGCCACAUGGAUCGAUAGUUCAAAUCAGAAGUAUUCAGGACAGGGGAGAUAAGUGAAAGGAGGACAACUUAUUAAUAUAUUAUUUGUUUUAAAGACAAAAAUGAAUGCUGCAUGAAUUAUCUGCCUUAAUGCAUAUGACAAUUCAGAGUUUUAAUAAAGUUAGCCAAUUUAUAAGGCAGUUUGAUACAUGAGAUUAGCCGUAAACUACAGUGGACAAUUUCCAUGGACCAUUUCCUUUUACAAUUUACAUGGACUAUUUCCUUAGGCCUGGCACUUUCCAUUGAAAAUUCCGGACGACCACUUCCCGUGACCAUUUCCUUUGACAAUUUAAAUAAACUAUUUCCUUCAGUCUAACUAUUUCCAUUGAUCACUUCCCCCAUGACCAUUUUCUUGACCAGUUCCCUACAUAUGUUUCGAUACUCAGAUAGUGUUCUGUUUUAUUUUGUUCUCACAUUGACAUAUCUGUUGUUGGGAUUUAAUAUUCACUAUGUUGGUAUGAUCAUUCAGAUUCAAUAUUUGAGGAAUAGUAUUUAUUAUAGUGAACUUUUUGUAUAAUCGCGAAUUCCAAAUAAUAGAGGAAAAGUUUUUUUAAAAAUUGUUUUUAAAUACGCCCCUCCCCACAAACACAAAAAAAAAAACAAAACAAAAAAAAAACAAAAAAAAAAAAAAAAACCCCCCCCCCCCCCCCCAAAAAAAAAAAAAGAAAAAAAAAGCUAUACAACAAUUAGAAAGUAAGACCACAGAAUUUAUUGCUUUGGCCUUUUCUUCAAAUACCGCUUGCAACGGCACGUGCUUCUAUCACCAGGCAAAGGGGCUAUAUCCACCAAGCACAGCAGACCAUAUCGUGCGUGAAGUUUUCCCCAGACGGCAGCCUGUUGCUGAUUGGGGAGCUGGGCUACAUGCCGCCACUCCGUGUCUGGUGCAUCCAGCAGGAGAUGGAAGUGACCAAGUUUAUCGGACAUGAGUACGGAAUAGUGGGCGCGUCGUUCUCCAAAGACAUGGACCUGGUGGUUUCCGUAGGAACAAGGCACGAUGGUUUCAUCAACGUGUGGGGCUGGCCAAGUAAGAACAGGCUCGCUUGCAACAGAUUCGCCGGUGAGUAAAGAAACCAGAAGCUUGGCGUUUUUUCUUCUUCUUCUGAUACAGUUUUAGCACUGACCUGGUUUACACAGAGUCCUCAGCUUAGAGAUUUAUGUACAUUUUUGAAGGAAAAUAAAAACAGACACCACACAACAGUCCCAGGGACGGCCGUAUGGUUGCUGGCGACCUGGGCAAGCUUAUUUUUGGGGCCCAUUUAAAUUAUAAUAAUACACAUUUGUGCAAGGAAAAAACUGGGGAUUAUAUAAUGAGUUGACUACCUAGUUUGUGUGUGUUUUUUUUUUUGUUGAAACAAACAAUAAACAUAAAAUUCUUUGUUUUAAAUUAUAUUUGGACAGUAUGAACAAUUAGCAUACCUUAGGAAGUAUGAACUCUUAGCCUACCGUGAGAAGUACGAAUAAUUAGCUUACCGUUGGCAGUAUGAACAAUUAGCUUACCGUUGGCAGUAUGAACAAUUAGCUUACCGUGGGCAGUAUGAACAAUUAGCUUACCGUGGGCAGUAUGAACAAUUAGCCUACCGUGAGAAGUACGAAUAAUUAGCUUACCGUUGGCAGUAUGAACUCUUAGCCUACCGUGAGAAGUACGAAUAAUUAGCUUACCGUUGGCAGUAUGAACUCUUAGCCUACCGUGAGAAGUACGAAUAAUUAGCUUACCGUUGGCAGUAUGAACAAUUAGCUUACCGUUGGCAGUAUGAACAAUUAGCUUACCGUGGGCAGUAUGAACAAUUAGCCUACCGUGGAAAUUUUUUCCUUGCCUUUAGAUCAGCCAACCUUUUUAUUGCACUUUCUAUUUUUCUUCCAUGGCACCCACAUGUAAUGAUUUUUUUAUAAUUUGAAAGAUCGUUGAUGGCGCCCUUAGACACAUGGCGCCCCGGCUAACUGCCCGAGUUGCCGGUACCUCAUGCCGACCCUGCACAGACCCGAUUAGUUCAAUAAAUAGUGAUUUGAUUUACUAGUGUUGCUUCCAAUGCUGAUGAUUAUUAAUGAACUUAAUGUUUUAGACUUUCUUCUAAAGAGAAAACUUCUCUAUUUGUAAGUUUGGGCUCAAGCAUGGUGUUGUACUUGACAUAUGAAAUAGUUUAAAUAGACGCGCAACUCAUUAUUCUUAAAAACUAUGACACAUCUUAUGUACUCGAUAAAAACAAUCGCUGUCUAUCAAAAUUUUUUUUCAUCUGAGUUGAAGUGAAUAAUUACUCAAUAUCAACCACAGAGGGAUCAUGUUUUCCUAAUUAAUCACGCAGUUUUGUCCAAGCUAUACGACUGGACUAAGAAAUGCAAAGAUAUAGUCAUUAUUCUCACGCAGAUCAUAUUUUUUUUUCUUCCUUCUUCAACUUUCAGAAGACAUAUUUGCUAUGUCGUUCUCCUCGAGAGAUACGUUUUUCAUCACAUGUGGAGUGCACCACGUCAAGUUUUGGUACCCUGUGCCCAUCAAGAAAGAACCCAACAAAUAUUUCCCCUUGCGUCCAUACCUAAGUACACUUUAUGGCCGACCAGCCAUUUUGGGUGAAAUCAAAAACAGCACUUUUGUCGAUGUCGUCUGCGGCUCUGAGAGUUCACAGGAUUUCGUUUACUGCGUGACCAAGUGUGGCAUCGUCUGCAAGGUUCACAUUUUUUUAUAUUCGCUGUAACUGUACUGCCAGCUUGUCUACGCUUAUCUUAUUCGUUUGAAAACGUCCACCCAAUAGUUUUUUUUUUUUUUAAAUAGAUAGAUUUAAAUCCUCUUAUUUCUAUGAUAUUAUCCAUUGGAUCAAAGAUUCCUCACUAAUCGGGAGAUCAGAAAAGCAAUUUCGGUAGACACAAACAAUAAGGAGUUUAAGUCACAGAUUUUAAACAAGUAAAUAUUUAAGAAAUAUUUUAUUUCCUCAAUUUGGUAGUAAAAAAUUUCAGGAUAAAUAUUUUCCUUUUGUUGAAAAUAAUACACUUGUGGAAUUUAAACGAUUUUCGGAUUGAUGACCAAUAUGAACUAAUUGACGUAUCAAUUUCUUAACUGUUCAACUGCCAUGAAAUAAAUGGACAGCACAGUAUCAGUUCUUUUAAUUUAUGCUUUAAUAUUUGCUUCUGAGCAAUAAAGUUUAUUUGCUCGUUCAGAGUUAAAAAAAAAAUAUGCUGUGCUUCAGAAAUGUGCCUAUCCCCAGAGGCGUCACUAGGGUAGGUGUCACCCAUUGUGGUAAAUUCAUGAUGACAUCCUCCUCCCCCCCCCCCCCCAGUUUUCCGGUUUCGAUCCCCCACCCCAUACCAGAACUCUGCGUAUAGAAUCGUUUAUUGCAUAUUCGUAAUUUAGGCAUCAAAAAGUCCCAAAGGAACCUCCUCCUCUCCCCCCCCCCAGUUUUCCGGUUUCGAUCCCCCACCCCAUACCAGAACUCUGCGUAUAGAAUCGUUUAUUGCAUAUUCGUAAUUUAGGCAUCAAAAAGUCCCAAAGGAACAAAAGACAUUAGAAAGCAACAUCAGGUAACAGCUUUUUAAAAAUGCAACAAAGUUAAUUUUUAUUGAAAAAUUAAACUUGACAGUUAAAUUUUUACUUUCCUGGUCUUCAAAGAUACACACAAACGGUUCAUCAAAAUCAACAUUCUUCACUUGAUGAAUUUUCACUUGACAAAGUCGCCAAUAGCAGCCUCUAAGCUCGGACGGCCUAAAACUUAAUGUUAUUUGGUCGAUGGCUCUUCUUCUGUCUCUUUGAAUGCUCCCCCUGCUAAGCUUUUCAACUCCUCCAGACAUCACUAUGAUCCUCUCCCGAGACAGUCUUUUCUGUUUUAAACCUACUCUGAUGGCGCCCUGAUCUGUCUGUUGGCACCCUGCUCUGUCUUGUGGCACCAUGCUCUGUGACACCCCUAAUGAAUGAGAACUUGCGGGAUCAGUAAGACUAUACCGUGCUAACAUUUGCAUCAUUGUCACCAUGCUUCACUGAAUGUUCACCCUUUUCUACAGUUGUCAACAGGACGUGAAGUCAAAGUCUACAAACGUUUGCAAAACACGCAACUUUCGAGUUUACAAGUCCACGGCAAUCAGCUGAUGGUGGGGUCAAUAUGUGGCCAUGUUUACUUCUUCGAUGCCUUGACCCUGGACGUGAGUUCAAAGUUUCGUUUCAUUUCCACUUUAUUUUCGUUCUUUGUUUUUCUAUUUCCCAGGGGACACAAAAAGGAAUAAACACAUUUCCACGAGAGUUGUCCUUUACAACUAGUCGCCCCAGCUUGUUUAGAUGGUUUAUGCAUUAUCGAUCACUUAAUGGGCCAGUAACAGCAGUAGCAUUGCAACUCUUGGCCAAGGCCGAAGGUGGAUAUUAUAUUCCAAAUGGAUUGGACAGAAAUUUCACGCUACUUUGAGUUACGUCUAAUAUAUUUAAUAAACAACAAUUGAAGUGUAGCUAUUUCAAUAACGUCAACUUUUAAGUAUUUAUUUUACAGAUUUACUUAGCAUCUUGUAAUGCACGUAUCCCAUUAUCACUUUUAAAAUUAGUUUAUUCAGUGGAAAAAUCUACACAUUUUUUAAACAGAAUAAGAGCUAUUCAAAAACGCUUGAAAAUCAUGAUGUACUUAAGCGAUUUCCUAAGUCCAAUAAUCUUGGAUAUGAUACAAACUGAACAUCUCAUACACAAAGUUUCAGAAGAGCAAAUUAACAUUUUCUCUUUCACCGCAAGACAUCGCGUGUUAGUGAGACAUAUAACAAAAAGGGAACUGUCAAGUUAGCUUGCAUAAGCAACCGCUAAAUCAUUUUCAGAAAAUAUUGGUUAUCCUACGAAUUUGAAUAUCUAAAAAAUGAUUUAAAUCGAGGGUUCUUAAGGUUUUGUUUAGAGUGUGUGCAGAGCUGCAUCCCUCCUACCUUGAUUUCAAAACACAUUUCCCGCACCCCAACAAUAUCCUAAUAAAAAUGCAAAUAACCAUGAUUUUCUGAGCCUUCGCCGCACUCCCCUACACUUCUUACUGCACCCCUGGUAAAGAACUCCUGAUUGAAAUUAACAAAUGGUAAAUUUUUAUUUUUUAUUUUUUAUUUUUUAUAUUUUUUAUAUUUUUUUGUAUUUCAGUUCAAAGCAACUGUGGCACUUCCUCUUGACAUCUGCUUCGCGGAGCAGGUGAUAAAGAGUCAGACGAGCACACUAGAAGCCAUAGUGGACCAGCACAAGGCUAACAUAUUCUUAGCGUUAGAUCACUGUCACCACUUGCUUACGGCUGCACUGACCAACGGGAGCUUAUGUAUUUGGGACGUCAGCGACCUGUCGAAUAUCAAACAGAAGUAAGUCAAGUUUUGAGAUUGAAAACGAAAGAAAGGUUAACAUUUGGAAACGUUAAUGUCCGAUAGCUGAUGUCUUGUAAAAUAUCAGACGAAAGCCGUGACCCUGCUUUCCUGCUAAAGUUAAUACAAAGAUGCUGUAGCCAGUGGUAGGUACAGAAAUGUGAAGCCAGGAGGAGCGCGGGGUAGGAGAAACUUUGUUGGAUACCUCAGGGAACAGUUCUAGUGUUAAGCUACGCAUGCAUUAAUUUUUAGCAAGAACGGAUGGCCCACCACAUUUCAGCUACCAAAAGUUUAUUGUUUUCUGACAUUUUUAAUUCGACAGAAGAUUAUAAACGACAAUUCCAUUUUUAUAAACUAUUGAAACAUUAUUAAUCGGAGACUGUAGGAACGUGACCUAUUGCCACCCGCAUAACUAACUACGCCCCUGAGCGUACCUAUGUCUCAUGAGCAGAGAGCGUGUGUUUAAUGUAAUUACUAUGGCCCAUAAUUUAUUUUGACUAUAAAAUGACAAUCGAUUUUUUAAUCAAUUUAUUUUUUAUUUCUUACUAGAUACUAUUCUGUGAACCACAGUAAAGCGAUAACUGGGUUGGAUCUGAUGAAGUCAGGGGACAAAGCGAAGAACAAGGAGACCAUCGUCACCGUGUCUCACGACGCCACAGUGAGGCUCUGGGAGAUAGCCAUGUCCAAGGGGAUCUGCUGUAAGAGCAGCAAAACAAUUUAUACAGAAUUUGAUCGCAACGAGCCGGUCAUCGAGGAGGCACUGGGACUCCACGACACCAUCGACUCAUCCAUGGAUGAGAAGCUCAUCACCGCAGUCAAGGUAAGGGGGGGGGGGUUGGAAUCAUGGUGGCGGAGCAUUUGAAAGUGGGGUGCCCUUAGCUUCACAAGUCCGAGCUCUACCCAAUUUUGUUAUUCGUAACCAGUAACGCCAUUAUCGAAUACAGUAAACAAAAUGGUUAUAUAAGUGUUAUGCACUGACUUCUAUUUUGAGAAAUUAAUCUCUUAUUUUAAGUUAUGGCUCGUUCAAACAGUGCAUUAAAAAAGGACGAUACCAUAGAGAAAUACAAUAGCAAAAAUACGACACCGAAAACAGUACCAAUCACAAUUAAUAAAAUUUAAUUUAAUAAUAAUACAAUUAUAAAACAAAAGAAAUAUAAUUACAAAUGAUCGACUUAAAGAGUAAGGUAGAUCUUGUACCGGUACACAGUUAGUACAAUGUGCCAAUUAAAAAUGUACAAUGACGAAAUGCGCAUAAACACAUAUAUAAGAACACAAAGAAUAAUACACGCCUCGUAAAGUUACAAAUAUCUAUCUGAAUCUGUCGCUCUCUCUGUGCCUGUCAAUCCCUUAUAUACAUGGGUCUACCGACGCGUCUAGGAACGCCCUUACUUUUCUAAUUCAAUCGGGAACCUUCGACAAGAUACUAGUAGACCUACUAACCAUGUUUAAUUGGAAGCCGGUAGUAAGCAAGAUACAUCAAAGAGAACUUCAACCACGCCCACAACAAACGCUACCGUCUGCUAGGGAUCUAAUGUGGGGUGAAACAAAGUUCAAGCACGGGGAAAGUGUACUACAUAACAAUAAGAAUCCAUUAAUUGAAAAAAAAAAGAAAAAAUACAAAAUAGAUAUAUACGAGUCAAGGCGCCCCCCUACCCCCACCUAUGGCCGAGUGCUGUGUGGAAAUCGUGAACUGGAAAUGAAGUCAGUGCGUGCCCUCGAGUGAAAGUUUCAUUCCAUUAGAAGGCCGGUGUUAAAUGUGAAAAUCUUGUUAGCAUAAAGUUUAACUUAAGCUUGAAGUUUCGACAAGAAGGCGUUCAAUUAUUUUGUUAACAAUUGGUGUUAAAAAAAAUGAAAUGAUGUUAAUUCCCGGGUCACGGAUGGUCUGAACUUGUUUUGAAAUUUUGAGCGAAGUUACCUGGGCUUCAUGGUUCAUUGCCACGCAAAGCUCACCUGUGGUACGUUACUAAUGACAUAUAUCAUAGUCCCAAAAAGUGACAUGAGACGGUAUUGGCAAUGCAAAUAACAUUAAGUGCACAUUUAUAAACGGUUCAGUAUUAGAGGACACAACGUUGCUCAAAGAUCUGGCUCAAAAAAGACUAACAGAUAUUUAAAAAUAAAAUAUAUGUAUAUAAAUUCGAGUAAUAAAAACUGACCAAAUACUUUUUAACGAUUAUAUCAAAAUCUUGGGACAAACAAGCUCCAGUGUCCAGACACGCCACUUGAAGAAAGCUGCUAUAGAGCUUAAACAACCGUGUCCAAAAGACAGUUGAUAAACGCAAACAUUUUUAAACAGUGUGAACUUCAUGUUAAUAUAGAUAUUUUUCAUAAUAGCACAGAGUAAUGCUCUCAAAGAGUAAUCAUUUUUUUCCACUUUAAAAACCAUUCAAUUUCUCAGAUUAGCCCCGAGAGGGAUUACAUCGUAACAGGCAACUCGAGAGGAGCAAUUUCAGUUUAUACAACAUCCACAUUAGAAAACGUCAAAACGAUCCACCGCCAUACCAGGGGCGUAUCCACACUCAAUAUCUACUCCGGAUCGCGCCUUAAUUUAAGGGUGAGUGAGUGCACCAUGGCCAGACCAUCUCGUAGGACAAAUCUGAGAACACCAGUUAAAUGUCAUCUCAUUCAGAUAAACUUAUGCAAUCAUGAUCCCUAAGAUAUGUUUGUACACAAGAUCAUCAUACAACAAGACACCACAUGACACACCCUUUAGCUGAUGACAGAAAUAAACUUGGUAUUUAAUGUCUAUACCAAUGUCACUUUUUAUAAUUUAUAGUAGACUAUCACUGGCGAUGGUAUAAUUUAAAAUAAUUUUUUUUGCUUUUCUUCCUUCCUUUGUUACAUACUAUUUAUUAAACUGAUUCAUUGUAAGGAUUCAAGUACAAAUGAAUGUGAGAGGUUUUAUAUUUUUACCAUGAAAAAAAAUUUAUCAGCAGACAAAAUCAAUUUAAAAGAAGGCCAUUUAAAUACUUCUGUUCAUUGUUUUGUGCUCGCAAGAACCACGCGAAUUUGGACUGCAGCAAAUGUUUGUGUGUCUUCCAGCUACUGGCUAGUGGUGGGAGGGAUCGAGUCAUUAACAUCUUUGACAUAAACCACGAAUUCGUCUUGUUAAACACACUCAACAUCCACUCGAGUUCAGUCAACUCUGUUGCCCUUUGCUGUGUCAACGAGACCAUGACGCUUUUCAGCUCAGGUUUAGACAGGUAAGUUACUGCUUUCAGGUGCCGGGAAUAAGACUGGAACCAUACAUAAUAGGGUCACAUUCUUGAACAAUAAUAUACCCUUUAUUUGUGAAAAUUCGGCUGUGAGGUGACUGAGAGACAAGCAUUACCUGUGUUUGUACUUUCCAAAUAAUUUUUGUUUUUAAUGGCUUAGAUUCUGAGUGUAAGAAAUCAAAUAGAUUAAUUUUUUUUAAACUAACUUACAACCGGUUUUUCUGAUUUUUGAGGACUUUAAAUAACAUCCGGGUGGGUGGGAAUCAUUAGCACUUGACGGCAACUCGUCUAAGAGAAGAAGGCAAACUCUGAAUUCAAACCAGGAGCCAGAAUGAUCAAUAAAUUUAUCGAUGGCUCUCAAAUGUAGAAAAAAAAGAACCAGUCAAGUUGAAAAAAUAAUGAUCGCUACAUAAAAGGGGCUAUUUUUUUUAAAGAGAUUACCAAGUAGAGUAAUUAAAAGAUUUUUCUGACCUUCUCUACUCUGUUUAAAUGUGACUUAGGCUGUUAUGAUUCUAUGAUUGUUUUAACGCAAGAAUCUUUUCAUCUUUUCCCAAUCAGAUCACUUGUCAUGUGCAAAAGUCGCCUUGAGGAGGUCCCCAAAUUUAAACCAUUCCGCUGUCGCCACACGGCAUGCUCUGUCAUCGACAUCGUCGUGUGCGCCAAGGAGUGCUUGAUAGGAGUCGGUCGAAUAAACGGAGAAGUCAGCAUCAUAGACGCCGGCACCUGCAAGGAAUUCAAACGGUACAAUGUUUGCAUCAAUGAAAGUGCUCGCCUUGAGAAGAUCCAGAUUGACCCGGGAACCAACUUGAUGUUGUCUGCUUGCACAGACAGAUCCAUCAACGUGUUCAGUUUCUCGCACGGUCUGCUCUUAGCUACAGUGCACGGCCACGCCAAGAGCGUUAGCGGGCUGCACUUCUCCCACAAUAUGAAAUUCAUUGUUUCGACAUCGAAAGAUGGCUGCGUUUUUAUCUGGGGCCUGCCCAACAGGGUGCUGCAGAACGGGACAAGACUCUUGAAACUAGGAGUGCAGGCCUUGGCCAAAACCAUCGAGAUCUCAAACUCAGAUUCCAAGGUGAACCAAAGGAACAACGCCAUCCAGCUGCCCGACCUGGAGAUAUCAACCAAACACAGUCCUCUGGAGUACAUCGCGUCGGCCAGGAAGAAGAUGCAACGAGUCGUCACCGUAGAGAUAGGGAAGACUCCCAACUUCGCGUACAAACAGGAAGAUGGCGAAGAGGACAACAGCGAAGGUUUUAUUGAAGAGUUUUCUCUCACAGAUGAUCUCAUUAAAAUGAAGUUCGAUGAGAGGUGUAGAGGCUUCUCCAAAGAUGCACGAAAAGUCUCAGUGCCGCUGAUCGGUACAUCCGACACCCGCGUGUUACAAAAAAGCACUUCGGACGCCAUGUUCAGCGGGAAUACCGAAGAGAGGAGCGGCGAUUGCUUCCUGGCGCCGCCACCAACCUGCGAGACGCCGCCUGUGUUCAUCGAAGAGGUUGACAUGGAUCAAAGUACUAUAGAAAAUGUAUUACACCCAGAUGGGUCUAUCGACGAGCCGAUGGAGCUGCAAGAAACUGGCUAAUUUGUCAACAGGUCUUCUUUGAUAUAAAGUAUGAACAGAGAUGUCAUUUCAUUUUGAUUUUACAUAAUCAUAGUGUUAGUUUGGGUGAAGGCAUAGCUGUAUUACAAGCUGUGCCAUUUUACAUAUUCUUAAUUUCGUAAAUGAAUUCGUUUGAUGUCUUAGGCUUCACUUUGGGUUGGUCCAAAUGGUGCAAUGGAAACCUUUUUUUUUGCCAUAGUAAGCGAGUAAUGAUCUCUUCAAGAUAAAGAACCGAUGAAAUCUGUCUCCACAUGCAGUGUUAGAAACCGUGAAAUCCCAUCCCUUGAUUUCCCCCGUGAUUUCGUUUCUUUUUCUGAAAUUUUUGAUUCAAUCAGUAGGACUUCUCAAUUUCAGCAGCGUUGGAGCUUAAAGGAAAAUCACGUUUUAAAAACUACUGUGUAACGUGUGGUAGCUACUUGUAACCAGCGUAAUGCCAAACUGCUUAGCGCAUGAAAAGUAUUAAUUGACUUUAUUAACAAAUGACAAAUACGACUGCCGAUGAAGCUCGAAGUGUCCAAGCUCCCAAGAGGGCUCCAAUGAAAAUGAUAAUGUUAUUUACAUGCUUUAGAAAAAAAAAAGGCGAUAGGAAGAUUGGCAACAGAGGAACUGAAGCUUUUUGGUGCAUCUUGAGUGGAAUCUAUGUGUCUCGUGU